GGGGUUUGGAACCAAAAUUUCUUUACUUCUCAAAACUUUCGUAAAGUCAAAUCUUUUCUUCAUUCUUCAACAAAUACGAACGAUUUUGCUUCAGAUGGUUAGGGUUUCAGUUUCGCAUCACUAGAAUCAACCAUUACAAUGGCGAUGAGCAAUGCGGUAGCCAUAGCCGUAGUCUCCUGCUCAUCAUCGCCGUGUACUUUUUGUGGUGUCGGCAGAAUCAGCGGCAAUUUCGAGAAUUCGGAGGUCAAGCUUUCUGGAUUAAGUUUUCGUCUCGCACGAACAUCGUUUUCACCGUCUAGGCUUUCCUAUAGUCGUUCUUGCCGCUAUUGUUCGAGAAGGACUAGUUUUGUCGCUGCCGCCAAGUGGCGAUUGCGCGCGAUUGACACUCGCGUUGUUGAAAACGCCGCCCUAUCUACUGUUGCAGCUGCUAAUGCCACCAUUGAUGUUCCCGUCACUUGUUUCCAGCUUAUUGGUGUUCCGGACACAGCUGAGAAAGAUGAGAUUGUAAAGGCAGUGAUGGAUUUGAAAAGGGCGGAGGUUGAGGAAGGUUACACAAUGGAUGCUGUUGUAGCUCGUCAGGAUCUUUUGAUGGAUGUAAGAGAUAAGCUUCUUUUUGAACCUGAAUAUGCUGGCAACAAGAGGGAAAAUAUUCCACCUAAGUGUCCUUUAAGAAUCCCAUGGGCUUGGUUGCCGGGUGCUCUUUGCCUCCUUCAAGAGAUUUCUCUGGUCCAGGUUGGAGAGGAGAAGAUUGUGCUAGAUCUUGGCCAGUCAGUCCUUCAGCAUCCAAAUGCUAAGCCCUAUGUUCAUGAUUUUCUUCUCUCCAUGGCACUAGCUGAGUGUGCAAUUGCAAAGAUUUGUUUUGAGAAGAACAAGGUAUCCCAAGGAUUUGAAGCUCUAGCUCGUGCUCAGUGUCUUCUGAGGAGUAAUAUAUCUCUUGGAAAGAUGCCAUUAUUAUCACAGAUAGAAGAAUCUUUGGAAGAGCUUGCUCCCGCUUGCACAGUGGAAUUAUUAGGCAUGCCUCACUCACCUGAAAAUGCUGAACGGAGAAGAGGAGCUAUUGCAGCUUUGCGUGAAUUGCUCAGACAGGGCUUGGAUGUGGAAACCUCAUGCCAAGUGCAAGAUUGGCCAUGCUUUUUGAGCCAAGCUCUUAACAGGUUGAUGGCUACAGAAAUAAUUGACCUUCUUCCCUGGGAUAAUUUGGCAAUUACACGGAAGAACAAAAAAUCACUUGAGUCACAGAAUCAAAAAGUUGUAAUUGAUUUUGACUGUUUCUACAUAGUAUUGAUAGCUCAUCUUGCACUUGGAUUCUCAAGCAAGCAAAUUGAAUUGAUUAACAAGGCAAAAACAAUAUGCGAGUGUUUGAUUGCAUCAGAAGGCAUUGAUCUAAAAUUUGAGGAAUCAUUUUGUAUGUUUCUUCUUGCGCAGGGUACUGAGGCAGAGGCUUUUGAGAAACUUUGUCAGCUGGAAUUAAAUUCAAAUCCCGCCGUGGGGAGUGCUCACUCUGGAAAGGAAAUAAGAGAAGCUUCCGGUGCAAUUCCAUCAUUGGAAAAAUGGCUCAAGGAAAAUGUGCUUGCUAUAUUUCCAGAUACACGAGUUUGUUCUCCAUCUUUGGUCAGUUUUUUUCAGGGCGAAAAGAAAAAUCCUGUCAGCAAGAAAAGUAGAGUAGUUCCACAAGCUACACGUAGUAUAAGCCAGAGACCACUUGCAAAUUCUCUUAUAUCAAACCGGAGAAAUUUUGAUGACUCUCUUCCUUAUGCUAACUCUUCUAGUCGUCUUGGUUCUGCAGUUAAGCAGUUGGCUGCAACUGAUCUGCAAAACCCAAUAACAUCGGCCCAGAAUGGUAGUGGAAGCAAUGUCAGUGCACCAUCAGUUCAAUUUAAGAGAGGUCUCGGGGUGCACCAUUCUAAAGUUUGGGAAAGUUGGUUGGCUGGAAAAAAUGUAAUUGGAGGAAUAACGUAUGCUACUGUAUUGGGAUGCUUUAUGUUCCUGGCCUUUAAGCUGUCAAGCAUGGAGUCAAAUAGGAAGAUCAAUGCUUCUAAAUUGACUUCCACUCAACAAAAUAAGGGAACAAGUUCUCUUGUCUGGAAAACAAAUUCUUCUCACAAUAGCAAUCUAGAGCGUUCCCAUAUCAAGGGAAGUGGUAUUGCUGACAGAUUGAAGGAGCUUGUGGAAAUGGUUAAGAUGCAGUUCAGGAAUCAAUCAGACAAUGGAUACUUACACAGUCUAUCAACCUCUAUGACAGCAGUAAAUCAGAGACAAAUGCCUUUAGAAGAGGCUGAAGCCCUUGUUAGGCAGUGGCAAAAAGUUAAAGCUGAAGCUUUGGGGCCUAGGCAUGAGGUUCAUAACCUCUCUGAAGUCCUUGACGAGUCAAUGCUUGUUCAGUGGCAAGCUAAAGCUGAGGCUGCAAAAUCUGGCUCUUGUUAUUGGAGAUUUGUUUUGCUGCAAUUGACCAUCUUGCACGCUGACAUUUUCUCAGAUGGUAUUGUUGGGGAAAUGGCAGAAAUUGAAGCUCUCAUUAAGGAGGCAGCAGAGCUUGUUGAUGAAUCUCGGCCGCAGAACCCAAAUUAUUGCAGCACCUAUAAAACUCAUUACGUUUUGAAAAGGCAAGACAACGGAACAUGGAGAUUCUGUAAAGGUGACGUUCAAAUGCCAUCGUGAUAUUAAGGCCUAGUUCUGGAAAACAUGAGACCAGCCAUGGCCCUGGUAUUAUAGUUCCUGCAAAUCUGGUAAGGGGGACAACGAAAUUUUUCAGCUGAUUGGGUAGGUUUUCUAAAUUAUGAUUCUGGAUGAUAACAGGAGAAGAGAAUACCAUUUGUUACUUCACUAGGAGAUGAUCCCACUGGAUAUGCACUGCUGUUUAUGAAGGAAGCUAAAUUCUAACUGUUAGCUUAGCAAGUGAUCAUGAUCUGAUUUGACUUUUUCACAGAAUGGAAAUAAUUUUUAGUAGAAGAUGAUUUGCCCACUAUGCUUUGAUUUCCUCAUUUGAAAUGAAGCUUCUACUGAGUCGAUGUAGACUAGCAUCUGUUUUCAAUUCGAACGAGUUAAAGCUUCAGUUUGGUUUAAGUUUGAGGGUUUGUGAAUGUCAUCACAAUAGAGCUUCUCUUCUUCUAGGUGUUUAUGUUUGACAUUUGAGUUGAUUUGAGUUGGUUAUUUCAGAUUUUAUUUCAGCUUGAAUUGUUUCGGAUUGGUUUGAAUCCGCCCCUACCUCAAAUAAUGUUAUGGAGAUUGAUUUUAGUGUAAUAUUUAUAUAUCAUUUGUAUUAUAAGGUUGAAUGUAAAUUUGGUAACGACAACAUUACCAUA